UCGAAAGUUUAUCCGAGAUUUGCUACCUAGUGGAGCGCGGCGGAGCCAGAACCUCGCUGGCCGGCAGUCUGCGCGCCGCGCUCGCGCCACCACCAUGCGAGACUCGGAGCCCCCGCAGCCGCCCUCCCCCGCGCUCGCGCCCUCCGCGCCCGUGCCCGUGGCCGGCGCCAGCGGGCCCUCGCGCCUCCGCCGCACGCUACACACGCUGCGCUCGCCGUUCCGGUCCGGUUCGCCCUUCCAUAUCGGAUCUAUCAAACGCUCCGGCUCCACUAAGUCCUCCGCCUCAGACGGCGAGAUCGUUCGAGACGAGCGCACGAUGCGCAAGAAAAACAAGAAGCUGCGCGCGGACGCGGCGAGCGACGCGUCCGGCGCCUCGCGGAGUACGGACGGGUCGCCGCGCGAGGAAAAAAAGAAAGGCGGCCUGUUGAAGCGAAUGGGGAGUAUCGGGAGGAAACGCGACGGUGCGGGGUCCUCUCCCGUCCCGACCCCGCCUCCCGAACCCGUCCAGAGCGCUCCGGAGCCCGCCCCGGAGCCGCCGCUCGUCGAACCGGAACCGAGCACGCCCAUAAGUCCCGUGAUGCCGGAGCCACCGUUCACUGCCAUAGCCGUGGAGCACGCGGUCGCGACGCGCCCCUUCACGAAGGCCGCGUGGAAGCGCAGCAAGAGCGUGAUCGAGAUGGAGAAGCCGGUGGAGCCGCGGGCGCCGAGUCCCGGGAGCGCGCUGCGGCGGCGCAUCGCGUUCGUGGCGCAGGCGUCCGCGUGUCUCUCGGAGGACCACGACGACGGAGAGGGCGGGGGCGAGCCGGGAGUGGGGUCGCUGGAGGAGGCGGUGGCGCUGGCGCGCGUGCGGCUGGCGUCGGCGCCCGCGCACUCGCCGACGCCGUCGCAGUCGCGCGACAACAACGACACCGAAGAGGAGGGGUACGCGGACGCGAUGCCGCCCUACGGAGACCUGCUCGACGAGGAAAAACCGGAGUCGCCGUCCCACGCCUCACCCAGCGCGGAGCGACGCGAGCACCUCUACAAGAUCCUGGUCAUCGGAGAACUUGGCACAGGAAAGACAUCUAUCAUCAAACGAUAUGUCCAUCAGUUCUUCAGUCAACACUACCGUGCUACUAUAGGAGUGGACUUUGCUUUAAAAGUUUUGAAUUGGGACGCCAACACAGUCAUAAGGCUGCAACUAUGGGAUAUUGCAGGGCAAGAACGUUUCGGCAACAUGACUCGAGUGUACUACAAGGAGGCGGUUGGCGCCUUCAUAGUAUUCGACGUGUCUCGGGUGGCGACAUUCGACGCGGUCGUCAAGUGGAAAAACGAUUUGGACACGAAAGUGCAGCUGCCGGACGGAUCGCCUAUACCUUGCAUAUUACUGGCGAAUAAGUGCGACCAGCAGAAAGAAGGCAUCGUGAACUCUCCGGCGAAAAUGGACGAGUACUGUCGCGAGCGUGGGUUCGCGGGAUGGUUCGAAACGUCGGCAAAGGAGAACAUCAACAUCGAGGAGGCGGCGAGGUCGCUAGUCAACAAGAUCCUUCUGAACGACAAACUCCUCCAAAGCAGCGACGGGAAGGAUGGCGACAAGUUCGCGCUCGACCACAAGAUCGCUAACGGCGAGAACAGCCGAGACGGCGGCAAGUCCUGCGCGUGCUGACCCCGCGGCCAUCUUGUUACGCCCGCCAUUUUGUUUACGUCGGCCAUUUUGUAACGCCGGCCAUUUUGUUUACGUCGGCCAUUUUAUGCAGUCGUUCUUAAAUGUCUUGGAUUCUUGGUUGUGGCCGAAUUACAAAUUGUAAAAUCUGAUGGCUACGACUGAUGCUAAUACUAACGGUCUUUUGAAUAUGCAAUUAUGCAGUCUUCUUGAAUAUGAUAUGAUCGUUUAUUUUAAACUUGUACCUAUUGUUUGGUUUACUUUACCUUUCAAAACUCAAUGACAAACUCCUCCAAAGCAGCGACGGUAAGGUCCGCCACUUUUUUUACUCCGGCCAUUUUGAUUAUGUAGCGAACUACAGUUUUUGAUAUGUUGGGGCCAAAUUAUGAAUUAAAUAGGUGUCGAUGCCAAUAGGAAGAGCUUUUUGAAUAUGCAGUCAUAUUGGGUAUACCUACGAACGUUCAUUAUAUAUAUAGUUGGGCAUUCUUUGCCUUUCAAAACCCAAAUAUGAUGUUUUUAAUUUAAAAUUAAAAUUUGAGGCUGAAUAGCGAGCCCGAGGGAUUUAAAAGGCAGAUUAUGUUACUCGUAUCUGAUGCUUAGUGAGAGUAGUGGGACAUCUCGAAUAAUACAGCAUUCAAAUUAACAUUAUUUUUCUGAGGUAGAUUUGUCUACACGACUGGGAGACAGAUUCGGCUUUCUAUUUCAAGUAGGACACCCAUUUCAAAUACCUACAUAGGUAUAUAUAAUCAUAAUAUAAUACCAAAAUGAUGUAAUACCAAAUUAGACGAAUCAUCACUGAUUCGUGGAAAUCGUGAACCAAUGUUACUUUUUGAUCAAACUCUCUAUUUAUAUAUUUUUUUCGUAUUUACUUUGACUUCAAUUGGACAGAAUAAAACUUGUCUAUUUAAAAUGUUACAACAGAGAAUUUAUUUAAUUUUUAUUUUUAAUUUAAUUACUACUUAAUGUCUAUCGAUUUUGCAAUCUAACUGUAUAUUUUAUAUCCUGUGUUAUUUUCACAAGAUUAUGUUUUUGAAUUUAUUUCAAAGAUUCGCCUAUAGUGCCUUACGGCUAAAGUCAGGUCUACAUUAUGUUUUGUGUAACUAUAACUGUAACAUAUGAUUGAAUAUUAGAAUAAGUAUUACCUAAUGUAUCGAAUGUUAAACUUGAGAGUGAGAGAGAUGUUAUUUGCGAAAUUAAUAAAAUAUUUAGUCGAAAAUAAA